AUGUCCCUGGCACCUUACUAUUACAGGCCACUUACGCCUCCAGAGGCUACCAGUGCUGCUGGCCAGCACAGUCAUGCUCGGAAUCUGUCAAGCUCGUCAUAUUGCACAGUUGACACCUCGCCCGAGUCGGUAAUUACAGCUAAUACGACCCCGAAUCGCUCACCAGUUCUACGUCAACAUGGCCCAACCUUGCUCCCCAAGAUCCGAACCCAGGAUUCCUCGCAGGAGCCUCGAGUGGCUGCUCGCUCUUCCACUCAUCGACGGACUUUGUCAAGUACAAACCUCACCAAGAAUGUCCGGCCUGCCAUGUACAGGAGCGCGACUGUGCCUGCGGAUUGUAUUCCUAUGAUUUCCCCAGUCUCAAAUGCGCCUCAAUCCCGGUCAAACUCGGUCGUUCCGUCACCGACCAUCUCCAGAGCGAAACUCGGCAUACCGCAUAGGACACAUUCCCGCUCGACGUCAGCUUCUAGCAUCGAUACCAGCGUCCUGACCCGGUUUGGCUAUCCAACAUACCGUCAGUUACCAAUAUACAUGUCCCACGACCAGCAGACCCCGUCUCCCGACUUGUUUGCAACGACGCUCAUGCCUUACACGAACACGCCUAUGCCUGAGCCCCCAAUCAUCAACCUAGAAGGAACCUUUGACAUGCCGAUCGAUCUGGAAGCCAUUUCACGUACAUGUUCCAUGAGUCCACCACCUAUGCACGCAACAAUCUCUACUAGCAGCUUGCUUAGCUACUUGACCCAGCCAACACAGCCUAUCAACCUAGUCCGACAUCUUACGUUCCAGACCGGUCGUGGCCUCACCAACCAUUUUUGGUGGGAUGUCCGUAAUAUUCGACCUUGGAAAUCCUUUUCCCUGCAAACAAUGUCAACGAUCCCGGAUCUUUUCACGUUGCUUAAUUUCCAACACGACGCAUCAUGCCUCCCACUUUCCAUCAACAAUCCUACUACUGUCACACCAGCAUCGGAGGCCGACCUUGCUAGUCUCAUCACGAAGAUAUUCUUUCCCAAAGUCAAUGCUGCCACAAGGUUAUCACUUGGUCACAACUCCAUCUCGCUGUACCCCGUUACCGCUCCAGCCACUUCAGGAGUGAGUGCGAACCCAGCUAAUAUACCCACGUUCCUCGCCAACUAUUCUAGCGAUAAUGAUCGCACCCUUUCAGGACUUCCUCGAGGCCGAGUUGUCGGCCUUGUACGAUCUUUCGAUCGCUGGAACACAGGCAUGUGUCGUGAGGGUCCCGCCCGCAAAGUGGAAUACCUCCGGGCCCUGGCGCACCUCCAGAAAUGCAUGCGUGAUCAUAGCUGCCGGUAUGGGUUUAUCAUCACCGAGAUCGAGCUCGUCUGCGUUCGGGCUGGCUGUGACGAACGAGGUCAGCCUUACUUUGGCUUCCUCGAAGUGGCAGAGGCGGUAGAAACAAAGACCUCGGUUCGCAAUUCCUCUGGUGCUUCCAUGAGAAGCGGGGAUGGGGAGGUGGACAUGACAGUCAAUUUAGCUUUGUAUUACCUUCUCAUGUUGGCGAAGGCGACGCCGCUACCAGGCCAGCCAGCCAGUUUCAUGGAUGUCGGAGGUCCAGGAGCUUUGACAAGACAGAGAGUGUGGGAUGGAGGCAACGGUGAGAGCACAAUCACGCUGGACGAAGAUGGCGAUAUCGAGGAACUGGGCAAAGACGGCAAAGACAAGUGGAUUCCCGAACCACAGAUGGGCGAGAAGAGAGAAGCAAGGACUGUAAGAGGUUGGGUUUGGCCAAGUGAUCCCUGGCAUAAGAGGGAAGGCGAGCGUGGCGAACGCGCAGGCUGUGCAAGAGGCGGAAGGAGAUGA